GCCGUAAAAUGUACGUUUUGUAAUAUCUAGACUUCUAAAUAAGUUGGAACAUUGAUUUUAACUGCUAAACCUACAUUUUCAGGGUCAAGGAAUCCAAUGGUGGUAGUUACAAUGCUACAACACUUUACCACAUUAACCCUUAGAUGCAUGAGUGGGUCAAAAUGACUCGGUGUGGUUGUUUUCUUGCGAUAUCUUUGUAAUGAAAAGUUGUCACUUCAUAUUCCGUCUGUUCCUCAAAAAACAUCUUUUUUAUAUUAUACCAUUGAAAUACAUAAGCCACCAUAUGGGUAAAAAAAAAACUACACACCACAGGCAGCCGGUCAGAUACUAACUGAGUUUUUUAUUGAGGAGUUAACAGAUUUUUUUAACUGAACUUUUUUUUUUUACUUUAUAACAUUUAGCAAAUGCUAACUUUGGAUGACAUGCACAUUUAGACCACAUCAUGACAGUCUCUAUACAUCAUCAUCAUUAUCAUCAUCGCUUUUGUGCAUCACGGCUUGGGAAUCCUCAUCGUUCUGGCACUGGCUGCUGCACUGACACAUAUCAGUACAGGCUAAAUCCUUAGCUCUGCAGGAAUAUCUGCCAGAAGAACAGUCAGUUUUACACCUGCAUUGGAUCAUCUCAAGGAUGGCCUUUGGGGCUGGGAGGACCUCUGUGGUCAUUGGUUUCAGCAUGCCAUUCAAAUGCCUGUGGAUAUUCUCAUUUAUCCAGGUCAUAGUUAUCUCAAGGCAAUUGAAUCAAACGCAACUGGACUUCGUUUUGUCUUAGAAGACAUUUCACCUCUUAUCCAAGAGGCUUCAUCAGUUCAUGCUUGUCAGACUAGGCUGGAACUAGUCUGACGAACUGGUGUGGAAACACCCAGGUAUUUAACCUAUGGGGAGGUCUUCACAAGUCCAAUGAUGUCACUGGUUCGUUAGUGCUCCAAUGGUGUGUCAACGAUGGUCAUUGACACACGACCACAGGCAUGUUGCAGAAAAAUUUGGGGUUGACACCCUCAAACUGGUGCAGGAAUAUGAAAGGAUGGCUCGGAAAAUUGCAGAUUACAGAAACCACCUACGGUUUAAUCUGAGAUGCAGACAAAACAGGCUAAUACCAACAAGCCUGCGCCUAUGUUCCACUAUGAAGGGCUAUAAAGUGGACAAGGUCAUGGAAAAGGCACAAAACCAGCUAUUAAACGAGAGAGUGAGACAAACCCAUUUCACCACUGAAGGGCUGAAGGAGAAAGCUGACCACUUACUCCAAAAACUAACAUCUCUCUUACCUGAGGUCGUCCUUGGAAAGAUCAUAGACUUAACAAAGAAAGCACAAUUAUCUCAACACACCAAGAGCAAAGAAAGGCAAAACAGAAAAUUCCAUAACCUACAAAUACGCAGCAACACAAACAAGACAGAAAUUCUUACGUGGAGGCAAAAGACACACACAAAUCCUACACAAGAUGAAAUGCAGGACAGAUGGAUUAAGAACUUGUCAGACAGGGAAUUUACCCACCCAGAGAGAGGGGUCUUAACCAAAGGACUAAACUUUGCCAUGACAUCACAGCAAUUACCUAUAGUUGAUCUUAUCACAGCUACAGAAUCAGCUAUGAGGAAAAACAACCUAACUGGGACCGAAGCCGAGCAGCUUAGGUUGAAAGUGUCAGCAGCUUUGUCCAAUGCCAUGCCCCCACCCUCCAAUCUCACUACUGAGGAAAGGAAAGUGGUGACAUCCCUGAGCAAGGAUCCAAACAUUACCAUCCUUCCAGCAGAUAAAGGGAGAUGUACGGUAGUUCUUAAUACAUCUGACUACCACAAUAAGGUCGCUACAUUACUCAGUGACACUAAUACCAACACCAACGAACCGCUGAAACGAGACCCAACCAGUGGCUACAAGAAAAAGACAAUAGAAAUCCUACAAAAACUACAGAAAGAGGGCACCAUUGAUCGUCUACAAUAUCACCGCCUGUACCCCCAAGAUGCCAUCCCGUGCAUAUAUGGGCUCCCCAAGAUUCACAAAGAAGGGGCCCCCCUCAGACCCAUUGUCAGCAGCAUUAACUCGGUCACAUAUAACAUCGCCAAACAUUUAGCCAACAUCCUGGCUCCCUUGGUGGGCAAUACGCCCCAUCAUAUCCAGAACUCCAUAGACUUUGUGAACAAAGUAAGAGGUUUAAAAAUGGAUCCAGAUGAUACCAUGGUAUCUUAUGAUGUGACCUCCCUGUUCACUUGCAUUCCAACCAUGGAGGCUGUGGAAACAGUCUGGCAACGGUUGAUACAUGACAACACCCUCCACGACAGAACCAAGCUCAGUCCAGACCAACUACUGGACCUCUGCCUGAGCACUACUUAUUUCAAAUACAAUGGUAAUUUUUACAGACAGAAACAUGGCUGUGCCAUGGGCUCACCAGUAUCGCCCAUUGUGGCUAACCUGUACAUGGAGGAUGUAGAAUACAGAGCCUUGAACUCCUUUAAGGGAACAACUCCGAGCCACUGGUUCAGAUAUGUGGAUGACACAUGGGUUAAAAUCAAAACUCAAGAGAUGCAAGCUUUCACUCAACACAUCGAUUCAGUGGACAGAAACAUCAAGUUCACAAGGGAAGAUGUUAAGGAUAACGGUUUGCCCUUCUUGGAUUGUGACGUGCACAUUACAGAGGACAAAGGCCUCCACAUUGGGGUAUACAGGAAACCCACUCACACAGACCAAUACUUACUGUUCGAUUCUCACCACCCACUGGAACACAAACUAGGUGUUAUCAGGACCCUACAACACAGAGCUGAUAACUUACCUACCAGCACUCAGGCCCAAGGGAAAGAGCAUGAACACCUGAGGGAGGCUUUAAAAACUUGUGGUUACCCCAGUUGGACCUUUGUGAAAACAGCAGCCCGUAACAGAAAGAACAAGGUGGGUGAUGAAGAAAAGAGCAAACGUAAUAACAUUGUCAUCCCCUAUGUGUCUGGGGUAUCUGAAAAACUCGGGAGGAUCUUCAACAAACACCGCAUCCCUGUGUAUUUCAAACCCAGCAACACACUCAGACAAAGACUGGUACAUCCAAAAGACCGCACACCACACACUCAGAAGAGCAAUUUGGUGUACGCGGUCCAGUGCAGUGAGGAAUGCCCAGACUUGUACAUUGGUGAAACAAAACAACCACUAAACAAACGCACGGCCCAACACAGAAGGGCUAACUCGUCAGGGCAAGAUUCAGUUAUCUAUCUACACCUCAAGGAGAAAGUACACUCCUUUGAAGACAGCAAUGUGCACACCUUGGACAGGGAAGACAGAUGGUUUGAAAGAGGUGUAAAAGAAGCCAUCUAUGUGAAAUUGGAAAAACCAUCUCUCAAUAGAGGAGGAGGUCUGCGACACCACCUAUCCCCCACCUAUAAUGCUGUCCUUUCAUCCUUGCCCAGGAGAUGUAACAGCUUAACCUCUAAUGACUGCAACGACCACCGGUGCAGCAGGAAUUUCAACGACCGUUGUUGACACACCAUUGGAGCACUAACGAACCAGUGACAUCAUUGGUCUUGUGAAGACCUCCCCAGAGGUUAAAUACCUGGGUGUUUCCACACCAGUUUGUCAGACUAGUUCCAGCCUAGUCCGACAAGCAUGAACUGAUGAAGCCUUUUGGAUAAGAGGUGAAACGUCUUCUAAGACAAAACGAAGUCCAGUUGCGUUCGAUUCAAUUGCCUUGAGAUAAUAGGCAAUAGGCCCUAAUAGGCCUUUCAGGAGAACAUCACUGGCUCGAAAUGUCACACACACACACACACACACACACACACACACACACACACACACACACACACACACACACACACACACACACAA